AUGGCCCCCGCCAACCUUCCCGCGAUCUUCAACGCCACUUCCGAGGACAUUGAGAAGCUCCUCGCGGCUCAAUGUCACCUCGGAAGCAAGAACCUCCAGGUCCAUAUGGAGCCUUACCUCUACAAGACCCGUGUUGAUGGUGUCAACGUUAUCAACAUCGGCAAGACCUGGGAGAAGAUUGUCCUCGCCGCCCGUAUCAUCACCGCUGUCGACAACCCCGCCGAUAUUUGCGUUAUCUCUGCUCGUCCCUACGGUCAGCGUGCCGUCCUGAAGUUCGCCGCCCACACUGGAGCCGUCGCUAUUGCCGGUCGCUUCACCCCCGGUAGCUUCACCAACUACAUCACUCGCUCUUUCAAGGAGCCCCGUCUCAUCAUCGUUACCGACCCCCGUACCGACCACCAGGCCAUCAAGGAGGCCAGCUACGUCAACAUCCCUGUCAUCGCUCUCUGCGACACUGACUCCCCCACCGAGUACGUCGACGUUGCCAUCCCCACCAACAACAAGGGUCGUCACUCUAUCGGCCUCAUCUGGUGGAUGCUCGCCCGUGAGGUCCUCCGUCUCCGUGGUACCAUCUACAACCGCGAGACUCCCUGGGACGUCAUGCCUGACUUGUACUUCUACCGCGACCCUGAGGCUGAGGCCGAGGAGAAGGUUGAGGAGGAGAAGGCCGCCGUUGAGGAGGAGGCUGCCGUCGUCGACACUGGCUUCGCUGCCGCUGCUGGUGACUGGGAUGCUGCCCCCGCCGGCUUCGCUGGUGCUACCGCCGCCCCUGGUGGCUGGGACGGUGCCGGUGAGGACUGGAGCGCUGCCCCCGCUGCCGGUGGUGAGUGGGGUGGUGAGGCCGCUGCCGCUCCCAAGGAGUCUCAGUGGUAA